UUAUUAUUAUUAUUUAUCUACAAUGGCUGUAUUUUUAUAACUGAUACAUUUCAAAGUCAUGAAAUUACCGUUAUAAAUCACAUCAACCCACAGCGUCACCGCUCCCGGCCGUGCGCAUGCGCAGUCCAGUGCAAGGAGCUGUCCGCGGCAGUUGGUGCUCGAGCGUUUUACCCGCAGCAGCUUCACCGGACACGUCGCUACAGGAGACAUGGAGGAAGAGCUAAAAUGCCCUGUUUGUGGUUCCUUCUUCAGGGACCCCAUCCUGCUGCCUUGCUCCCACAAUGUCUGCCUGCUGUGCGCCCGGAACAUCACCGUCCAGACGCCGGAUGGGGAGACUUCGGUCCAGAGUCGAGCCUCCGGUAGCUCCGACUACGACUACCUGGACAUGGACAAGAUGAGUCUGUACAGCGAGACGGACAGCGGCUAUGGCUCCUACACCCCCUGCCAGUUGAAGUCUCCGAACGGCGUUCGGGUAUUUCCGCCGGUCGCCCCGCAUCGGAACUGCUCUCUCACCUGUCCGCUGUGUCACCGGAGCGUGUCCCUGGAUGAGCGGGGGCACCGGGGCUUUCCUCGGAACCGGCUUCUGGAGGCCAUUGUGGUGCGGUUCCAGCAGACCCGCGGCAUCCCGUGUUCGGCAUCCCCCUCCGCGGUGAAGUGUCAGCUGUGCGACCGCAACCCGGUGGUCGCCACGGUGAUGUGCGAGCAGUGCGACGUCUAUUACUGUAACGCCUGCCAGCAGCGGUGCCACCCGUCCCGCGGUCCCCUGGCCAAGCACCGCCUGGUGCCGCCGCCGUCGCCGAGUCAAGCAGCUGGAGGAGCGGCGAGCGGCGGCGGCGGUGCUGGGAGUCAGCAGCCGGUGCUGACCGCGCGGAAAACGGGCACCUGCGUGGAUCAUGAGGCGGAAAACUUCAGCAUGUAUUGCUGCAGCUGCAAGGCUCCGGUGUGCACGAAGUGUUUGGAGGAGGGGAAACACGCCAAGCACGACGUCAAACCGCUGGCUGUGAUGUGGAAGCAACACAAGUGCCAGCUCUCCCAGGCUCUGAACGGCGUCUCUGAUAAAGCAAAAGAGGCAAAAGAGUUCCUGGUUCAGCUCAAGAACAUGCUGCAGCAGAUACAGGAGAACGGAGUGGAGUUUGAAGCCUGCCUCGUGGCUCAGUGUGACUCUCUGAUCGAGGCGCUGACGAGACAGAAAGCCAAGCUGCUCACCAAAGUCACCAAGGAGAAGGAGUACAAGCUGAAGGUGGUGCGAGACCAGAUCACCCACUGCACCAUGAAGCUGAGGCAGACCACCGGCAUGAUGGAGUACUGCCUGGAGGUCCUGAAGGAGAACGACCCCAGUGGCUUCCUGCAGAUCUCGGACGCCCUGAUCAAGCGGGUGACGUCGUCCCAGGACCAGUGGGUGAAAGGGGCCCUGGAGCCAAAGGUUGGCCCCGAGUUUGACCUCAGCCUGAGCACCGACUCGCUGAUGCAGACCAUCCUGCAGCUGGACUUCUGCCAGGGCAAAGAUGUGCAGGAGAAACCGCUUUUGAAACUAAUGCAGGCAGCAGCAGACAGUGGUGAGGCUGAGAUGGAGGCAGAGAGCCCCGGAGUGGAUUUAGGACCUGCGGUGCCAGCGGCGCCUCUACUACAGCUGGAAAAAUGCUGCACCAGGAACAACAGCGCCACCCUGGCCUGGAGGGUAACUGCGCAUGCUAGUUGCCCCAUUGAGGGCUACAUCCUGGAGCUGGACGAUGGGAAUGGAGGGCAAUACAGGGAGGUGUAUGUGGGGAAGGAGACGGUCUGCACGGUGGAUGGCCUGCACUUCAACAGCGCCUACAACGCCAGGGUGAAAGCCUACAACGCCGUUGGAGUCGGACCGUACAGCCAGACGGUGGUGCUCAAGACUUCUGACGUGGCUUGGUUCACCUUUGACCCCACCUCGGCUCAUCGUGACAUCGUUCUGUCUAAUGAGAACCAGACGGCUACGUGUAGCAGCUACGACGACCGCGUGGUUCUGGGGACGGCUGCGUUCUCAAAGGGAACUCACUAUUGGGAAGUCACCAUUGAUCGCUAUGACAACCACCCGGACCCUGCGUUUGGCGUGGCGAGGAUCAAUACCAUGAAAGAAAUUAUGCUGGGGAAGGACGACAAGGCCUGGGCCAUGUAUGUGGACAACAACCGGUCCUGGUUCAUGCAUAACAACUCCCACACCAACAGAGCGGAGGGGGGCAUCACAAAGGGCUCCACGGUGGGCAUCCUGCUGGACCUGACCAAACGCACCCUGACCUUCUUCAUAAAUAAGGAGCAGCAUGGACCAACAGCCUUUGAGAACCUGGACGGCGUUUUUGUUCCUGCUGUCAGCCUUAACAGAAACGUUCAGGUGACCUUACUGACCGGCCUGGAGGUGCCAAAGAAUAUCAAACAGUAGGAGCUCAUUCCUCCUGGAUACAGCCCUCUGAUGUCAAAUGCAGACUCACCUCUAUGUUUUCCUG